AUGACAAGAAACGCCAGACCCAACAUCGUCCUGCUGAUGGCAGAUGACCUUGGAGUGGGGGAUUUGUGCUGCUACGGUAAUAACUCAGUGAGCACACCUAAUAUUGACCGCCUGGCAAAUGAGGGAGUGAGGCUCACCCAGCAUCUCGCAGCUGCUUCCAUGUGCACCCCAAGUCGGGCUGCCUUCCUGACCGGCCGGUACCCCAUCAGAUCAGGGAUGGUGUCUCCCUACAACCUCAACCGCGCCCUCACGUGGCUUGGUGGUUCAGGUGGUCUUCCUACCAAUGAAACGACUUUUGCCAAGCUGCUGCAGCACCGUGGCUACCGCACGGGACUCAUAGGCAAAUGGCACCUGGGUUUGAGCUGCGCCUCUCGGAAUGAUCACUGCUACCACCCGCUCAACCAUGGUUUUCACUACUUUUAUGGGGUGCCUUUCGGACUUUUAAGCGACUGCCAGGCAUCCAAGACACCAGAACUGCACCGCUGGCUCAGGAUCAAACUGUGGAUCUCCACGGUGGCCAUUGCCCUGGUUCCUUUUCUGCUUCUCAUUCCCAAGUUCGCCCGCUGGUUCUCGGUGCCGUGGAAGGUCAUCUUUGUCUUUGCUCUCGUCGCCUUUCUGUUUUUCACUUCCUGGUAUUCCAGUUAUGGAUUUACUCGGCGUUGGAACUGCAUCCUUAUGAGGAACCAUGAAAUUAUCCAGCAGCCGAUGAAAGAGGAGAAAGUAGCUUCCCUCAUGCUGAAGGAGGCGCUAGCUUUCAUUGAAAGGGUCAAACGGGAACCUUUUCUCCUCUUUUUUUCGUUCCUGCACGUACAUACUCCACUCAUCUCCAAAGAGAAGUUUGUUGGGCACAGUAAAUAUGGCAGGUACGGGGACAAUGUAGAAGAAAUGGAUUGGAUGGUGGGUAAAAUUCUGGAUGCCCUAGACCGGGAGUGCCUGGCCAACAACACCUUGGUGUACUUCACCUCUGACAACGGGGGCCACCUGGAGCCCCUGGACGGGGCUGUUCAGCUGGGCGGCUGGAACGGGAUCUACAAAGGUGGCAAAGGAAUGGGAGGAUGGGAAGGAGGUAUCCGUGUGCCAGGGAUAUUCCGGUGGCCGUCGGUCUUGGAGGCUGGGAGAGUGAUCAAUGAGCCCACUAGCUUAAUGGACAUCUAUCCGACGCUGUCUUAUAUAGGCGGAGGGAUCUUGCCCCAGGACAGAGUCAUCGACGGCCGGAACCUAAUGCCCCUGCUGGAAGGAAGGGCGUCCCACUCCGACCACGAGUUCCUGUUCCACUACUGUGGGGUCUAUCUGCACACGGUCAGGUGGCAUCAGAAGGACUGUGCAACUGUGUGGAAAGCUCAUUAUGUGACUCCCAAAUUCUACCCUGAAGGAACUAGUGCCUGCUAUGGGAGUGGAAUAUGUUCAUGUUCAGGGGAUGUAACCUACCACGACCCACCACUCCUCUUUGACAUCUCAAGAGACCCUUCAGAAGCCCUUCCACUGAACCCUGACAAUGAACCAUUAUUUGACUCCGUGAUCAAGAAGAUGGAGGCAGCCAUAAAAGAGCAUCGUAGGACACUAACACCUGUCCCACAGCAGUUCUCUGUGUUCAACACAAUUUGGAAACCAUGGCUGCAGCCAUGCUGUGGGACCUUCCCCUUCUGUGGGUGUGACAAGGAAGAUGACAUCCUUCCCACAGCUCCCUGA